UAAUGAUAUCAGUAAUAGAAAAGACAAAGAGUGAAAGACACCACUUUAGAAAUGGAAACAUUUCUGAUAAACUUCAUCAUUCUCGGGACAGUCUCAGGUUUAAUUAAAGGAGCUGAUGUGUUGCCUGAUGGUCCUCUGAAAGCAGCUGUAGGUGAAACUGUGAUGUUCACUACAACACUGACUCCAACAGAAACACCGUUUCUCUCUGUGGCCUGGAAGUUAAAUAUCUCUAAACAUAUAAUAACCUCAACUAACUCAGUAAACAAUACUGGACCAGAGUAUGAAGGCAGGAUCACCCUCUUCCCAUCUACUGGGUCUCUGGCGCUCAGGAGUCUGACUCUGAAUGACAUUGGAGAAUACAGUCUUAGCAUUUUACAAGCUGAUGCCACAAACCAUGUUGGACGUACUUCUCUGAUGAUAUACAAGAAAGUCUCCAAUGUGUUGGUAACUUCCAGCAGCACAGACUUGGUUGAGUUCAGUGGUUCUGUCUCUCUGUCCUGCUCUGCCUCUGGAUCCUCUCUCUCUUUCCUCUGGUUGAACGGCAGCUCUGAGGUUACAGCAAGUGACAGAGUUCAGCUCACUGAUGGAGGCUCCAAUCUGACUAUAAUCACUGUGACCCGCUUUGACCAGGGACCAUUCAGGUGUAGUGUGUCCAAUCCUGUCAGUACUGGUACCAGUGAUCCAGUAAACCUCAUCAUCAGCUAUGGUCCAGAAAAUAUAAAUUUGAUAUUAUCUCCACCACAAGGAUACUUUGCUGUGGGGUCAGACAUCAGCCUCUCCUGCUCAGUUGGAUCCAGACCUCCUGCCCAGUUUAAGUGGUUUCUGAAUGGAGAUCAGCUGCCUGAUCCUGGAUCAGAGCUCAGACUGAUGAAUGUUAACAUGAGUCAGAGUGGAAACUACAGCUGUCAGGCCUUUAACAGCGAAACUCUGAGAUCUCAAACAUCUCAGCCUUCAGCCAUCACUGUGCUGGAGAAAAUCUCAGCUGUUUCUGUCACACCAUCAACAAACCUGCCAGUUGAGGGAACCUCUGUCAGUUUAACCUGUGAGGCUUCUGGCUCAGUCUUUACAAGAAACUGGAUGAAGGAUGGCUCUGAUCUGAACCCGACUGACAACAUGAUCCUUUCUGACAAUAACAGAGUGUUGACCUUUGACACUGUGAAUAGGAAAGACAGUGGAGAAUAUUUCUGUCAAAUCAGCAACCCUGUCAGCAGUGAUGAAGCUAAAUACAUCAUGAUGGUUAAUUAUGGACCAGAAAAUGUUCAAAUCAAAGUUCCAAAUAAGAUAAAUAUCAAAGGCACCUUAAAACUGACCUGCUCUGCUGAAUCCACACCAUCUGCCAGAUUCACCUGGUUGUUUAAUGGGGUAGAAAUACUCACAAAUUCAGCUGAGUAUGUUAAAGAAGAGGUUGAAUUUUCUGACAGUGGCAACUACAUCUGUCAAGCAUGGAAUAAUAUAACUGAGAGAACAUCAUCAUCAGCGGUGCAUGGACUGAUUGUAACAGAUCAACUAUCAGGAUGUGCUGCUGGUUGCAUCGCUGGAAUAGUAAUCGCAUGUUGUGUCCUCAUCGCUGCAGCUGUUGGUGGAGGGUACUACAUUUAUAAGGAAAAAUUCAACAAAAGUUCUCAGAAGCAAAACACAGAACAAGGAGAAAAUAUGUAUGUGAACAUGCGCAUGACAAGAAAAUAAAAAAUAUAAACCGAGUGAUGACCUUCACUUUUCAAGGUGGCACAUUUUUAGAAGUCUUCACCUGCUGCAGGAGGAGUAACGUUAUAGUUUUUGUUCACUUAAGAUCCUAUAAUUUUUAACAAAAUAUGUGAAGAUGUUUUACUUAAUACCUUAUUACUCUGCAUCAAUAACUAUUAAUAUUUUCUCUGUAAUAAAUUUUCUAAUAUUCACAUUGCUAU